CUGCCUCUGCCUCUGCCUCCUCCGCCUGCAUCUGAUCCAGAAGGUUUAUCCGUCAUGGCGAUGCACGCUAAGGCGACCCCACCGCAGAUCCCAGACACCAGGAGGGAACUGGCGGAGCUGGUGAAGAGGAAACAGGAGCUAGCGGAGACUCUGGUGAACCUGGAGAGGCAGAUUUAUGCUUUCGAGGGCAGCUACCUGGAAGACACCCAGAUGUACGGAAACAUCAUCAGAGGAUGGGACAGAUACCUGACCAACCAGAAGAACUCCAACAGUAAAACUGACAGAAGGAACCGUAAAUUUAAGGAAGCGGAGCGUCUGUUCAGCAAGUCCUCGGUAACAUCAGUGGCAGCGGUCUGCGCGCUCGGAGGGAUCCCCGACCACAUGAACGAAAAGCGUGAAGCCGGCAGCGGGACGGAGAGCGACGCCUCUCCGGAUCUUCAGAACCAGGAGAACGAACCGAGUCAGGAGGACACGGAGGACAUGGACUCGGCGCUGCAGGACCUGAAGCCUCAGAAAGCUGCUUCCUCCUCGUCAUCCAGCAGUCACCAUGGCAACCCCAACAAGAAGAGGAAGAACAAGAACAGACACAGCCCUUCCGCCAUGUUUGAUUAUGACUUUGAGUUUGACAUGAAGGUCAACAAGAAGCCCAGAGCUGAUUAUUCCACCUGAGGAACCAGAACUCUCCGUUAGACCCACGAACUCCUGGACUUUGAUGCCUGUUGUUGUCCUGUAAACAUUCCCGCCUUGUAUCCCGGUUCUGUCUGGACCCGCCGGAUCAGAACCACUGUUUCAUCAGGCCUCCUGGUCUGUAUUUAUUGUUUAGCGUCACAUUUAUGAGCCGUUUGUUUUUCAGAAAACCAAUAAAAGUGUGAAACACA